UAUGCCGUGUCGUAAGUGACGCUUGCGCCUUGUCCUGCACCGUGGAGUUCUUUCGCUCAUAAAGUAACGCUUCACUACUUAGCACUAUUAAAAGCAUUUCACGUAAAACUACGAAGAUCUCUCUGGAAUCAAGGUUUCUUGGCGAAGCAGCAGCAACCACUGUUUACGAAAAUCGUGCGGAGCGAUAGUGAAUUGGUGUAAAGUCUUACCUCUUCAUGGUUCAUCAUGAGUGAUUAUUCAGCGGUCGCUCCGCCACAGAAUUUCAGUCACAGUACAGCUUUUGCGGCUGCUUUACAACGCGCUAAACAAAUUGCAGCAAAAAUAAAUCCAGCAGGUGCACAAAAUAAUCCAGAUACUAAGUUAAAACGUCCCCUUGAAGAUAGUUCAGAACCGGAAGCAAAGAAAAUGGCAGCAUUAGUUGCGGAUCCUCUAAUUGGUCUUCGAGGAGGUCCACAAAGUAACAGUUCCAUCGGAGAUAGUGGAAGUACAACUACACCUCGAGCAGUUUCACAAUCUGUGUCGCCUUCAGCUUCAAUGGGAGGUAUGGGUGGUAUUUGCAACGAAGAUAUCAGAGUUCCGGAUAAAAUGGUUGGAUUGAUAAUCGGUCGGGGUGGAGAACAAAUCACGAGAUUACAAAGUGAAACUGGCUGUAAAAUUCAAAUGGCCCCAGAGAGUGGUGGGCUACCUGAGAGGGUUUGCACUCUUACCGGCUCUCGAGAAGCUGUCAAUCGAGCUAAGGAGUUGGUUCUGUCGAUCGUUAAUCAGAGAAGCAGAACCGAGGGUAUUGGUGACAUGAAUAUAUCCGGAAGUAGCAGUGGGAUAAUGGGCCACCCGGGAUUCGUUGAAAUUAUGAUCCCAGGACCGAAAGUUGGUCUCAUUAUUGGAAAGGGUGGGGAGACUAUCAAACAACUCCAAGAAAAGUCUGGAGCUAAGAUGGUCGUAAUCCAGGACGGACCUUCUCAAGAACAGGAGAAACCUUUAAGCACUCCGACAUUUUAUUACAGAAUAACCGGAGAUCCGCAAAAGGUCGAAUAUGCCAAACAAUUGGUAUACGAACUCAUCGCUGAAAAGGAAAUGCAGAUGUUCCAUAGAGGAUCGAGGGGUAGCAGUGAGCGGGGUGGCAGUUAUCCCAAUGAUAAUGGAUUCAACCAUGGCGGACCAGCUAAUGCUGAUGGAGUUGAGGUGCUUGUUCCUCGAGCUGCUGUUGGUGUAGUUAUCGGUAAAGGUGGAGAUAUGAUAAAGAAAAUCCAAGCAGAGACCGGAGCAAGAGUUCAGUUUCAACAAGGACGAGAAGAUGGUCCUGGUGAUCGAAAGUGUUUACUAUCAGGGAAACAUCAAGCCGUAGAACAAGCACGACAACGGAUUCAAGAACUUAUUGAUAGUGUAAUGAGACGGGACGAUGGUAGAAAUAAUAUGGGUGGUAGAGGCGGACCUCGUGGAAAUGGAUUCGGCGGUGGGCGUACUUCAAACGAUUAUGGCGGUGGCUGGGAUAGACGUCAGGGUGGACCUAUGCAAGAUAAAAUUGAAACUACAUUUACAGUGCCGUCGUCCAAAUGUGGUAUCAUCAUAGGCAAAGGCGGGGAAACGAUUAAACAAAUAAACCAACAAACAGGAGCCCAUUGCGAGUUGGAUCGAAGAAAUCAGAGCAAUGAUAAUGAAAAGAUUUUUAUAAUUCGUGGCAAUCCCGAACAAGUGGAACACGCUAAGAGAAUAUUUAGUGAAAAACUAGGUUUGAGUCCAGCUGGAGCUCCAUUUACUGGGGGACAAGGUGCAAUUGGAUACAAUCCAAAUUGGAAUUCUACUUCAGGAUAUCAGGCUUGGCCUAACCAACCUCAAUCUAAUGACUCAGGUACUAACGCAAAUCAAGCACCGGUUCAAGUGAACCCUCAAACGGGACAACCAGAUUACAGCGCUCAAUGGGCAGAAUAUUAUCGAUCACUCGGUAUGCACAGAGAAGCGGAUAUGAUCGAACAACAAGCGAAACAAGGAAAACAAGAACACAAUCCACAAACAGGAAAUCAACCGAAUCAACCUAAUGCACCUCCAGCUGGACCGGCGGGACCCGGGCAGCCCCAACAACCUCAAGCGCAGCAGCAGCAGCAGCAACAACAACAACAGCAGCAACAGCAACAACAACAACAACCAGGAGCCGCACAAAAUGGUGGCCAGGCUGAUUAUAGCGCACAAUGGGCAGAAUAUUAUAGAAGCAUCGGUAAAGUGAAAGAAGCAGAGGCGAUAGAAGCUCAAAUGAAGGCAGGCAAGCUGGGAAUUCAAGGCAAUCCGAUGCCGCAACCUCAAAUGCAACAAGCGAUUCAGGGGCAGUCCGCAGGUCCUCCAGGGAGCACACCCAAUGCAUUUCCACAAACGUAUGGAAGUUAUCCAGGCAUGAAUGCUGGUAACGCGCCGGCUGGAUAUUACCCCGCGGGUGCUGGUUCCACGUCCCAGCCUCAAUCAGGGCAGCAAACUCCGUCUUUCCCUACCGGAUAUCAAAAUUAUCCGUAUUCUCAACCCAGUUCCGAUAACUAAUCAAUUGGACAAUGUUGAAGUGAACUACAGUUUUCAGAUAGCUUUCCAUUGGGAUGUGGUUAAUGCUGCAGUACCCUCGUAUAAUGUUUACGCUAAAACCGUAUAAUUGGCUGCUUUAUAAAGAUUGCAACCUUUACAAUUCGUGAAUGGUACCGACCUAUAUCUAUUAUCCAUACUAUAUUAAAAUAUCGUUUGAUGUUUUUUCUUUUUUAUAUAAAUAUUAUAGGAUAUGCAUUGUCUAAUUAAUAAGUAAUAAGAAACUACUGAAACUGAAUUGAAGUUAAUAGCGUAAUGUAAUACCAUCAUGAUGUCCACCUGUGUUCCGUUUACUUUAUCAUACGUACUUUUAUUCCAUACAACAUGUAAUAGCUGUAAGAUAAGUUGACGUUAGCAGGUGACGCAGCAGAUCAAAAACAGGAACGACCUGGGCUCAACGACUCUAUAUAUACUCUUCUCUAUUAUCAUGUCUCUGAUUCGAAUUAUUUAAAGCUAUCGUCGAAUUGAAUAUUAUCAAAAUGUCUCCCAAGUUUGUUCUAUUGCUAUUCUAUUUUUCUUCCGCUAAUCGCAUUCUCCGAAUCAUAUUUGUGCAUCGUCAACAUACUUACGAAGCACUUUUUUUUUUCAUAAAACCUGGAGUCGUUCAUUUAUAUAUACAUGCUCUUAUAUAAUAAUAUGAUAAACGAACUAUGCCACAUGCCUACAUAUUUUCGUACAUAAGUAGGAACAUGAAAGUGACAUCUAACAUUUAUUCGUACUGGCAAUAGUAAUUAUUUAAUUGUACUGCGUGUGUAUCUAUAAAAAUAUGUUAUCUCUAAUGUCCAA